AUGUCCGUUGUCAACCACGAUCUCGCCGGUUUCGAAGUCGAUCUCGUCCCCGAUAUCCUCGAAAUCGCGGCCAUACUUGUCGAAUAUACUGGACAUGGCAGCUUGGAAUCUGUUGCCAACGGCUUCGCGCUUCUUGGCAAGCUGCACAUCGGGAUCGCGCAUUUCGGAAACCUCGUGCGGUUGGAAAUUGAGCUCGUCGCCAUCCUCAUCUUGCGCUCCCUCAGCAAUCAGCUGCGCCAGCCGGAAUCGGUAGAGGACUAA